GGAGGAGUCCUAAUGAGCUGGCUCGCGGAGAGAAAGAGCAGGGUUGACAUCUCGGCUGGACCGUAAACGUGAAAUACCUCGUAUAGCCCCGGUCUCCGCCGCUUCACUAUACAGAUCGUACCGUGGCCGCGGGAGACGGCCGUCUGCCUGGGUUCCCUUCUCUCCCCCUCCGCCUUCACCUCCUCCUCCUCCUCCUCGUCCUCUUCCUCCUUUCUCCCUGACUUUUUUUUGACUGCAUGUUCAGCCACACUGCCUCCCUCUGCAUCUUCACUUCGGCCCCGCCGCAGCCCGGGCGAGCAUGGACAGUCGGGUACUCGAGCAUCCUCACGCCCAGUUCGGAGGCUCCUUGGGCGGGCUGGUGGGCUUCCCGUACCCGCUCGGUCCCCAUCACCACCACCACCACCACCACCAGCACGUCUACGAGCUCGCCAGCGGGCACCAGCUGCAGUCCGCGGCCGCCGUGCCCUUCUCUAUAGACGGAUUACUUAACGGCUCCUGCUCGGCCUCUGUGGUCAGCUCCAACCCGCUCCUGUCGUCUGACAGCCAGCAGUUCAAACUCUCAGAUUCUGGAGACCCGGAUAAGGACAGUCCCGGUUGUAAACGGAGACGCACGAGGACGAAUUUCACCGGGUGGCAGCUGGAGGAGCUCGAGAAGGCUUUCAACGAGAGCCACUAUCCGGACGUGUUCAUGCGGGAGGCGCUCGCGCUCAGGCUUGACCUCGUGGAGUCCAGGGUUCAGGUUUGGUUCCAAAACCGACGUGCUAAAUGGAGAAAAAAGGAGAACACAAAGAAAGGGCCGGGGCGGCCUGCGCACAACUCCCACCCGACCACAUGCAGCGGCGAGCCCAUGGACCCCGAGGAGAUCGCACGCAGGGAGCGAGAGCGGGCCGAGAAGAAGAAACGGAAACACGAGAGGAAGCUGCUGAAGUCGCAGAACAAACUUCUCCAAGGUGAAAGCUUCCACACACCUGGAGGUUCAGAGAGUGACAGCGGGGUCUCCCAGUUCACUGACAGCGAGCAGCAGCCGACAAACAUUAACGGGACUAUUCACAUUGAACUGCCAGCAACAAAGGGCGCAGGAGGACACCAAACUGAAUCCAGCUGUGACCAAACAAGACACGACUUCAGCCAACUACAAAACCACCAAAACCAAAGAACCACGGGAGAACCGGAGCAGGUUUCUCCAGGCAGCACGCACAGCUCCAGUCCUGGAGGCCCCAGGUCCUCUGCCCUGCAGAAAAGAAACCCUUUCAGCGUGGAGAGCCUCCUCUCUGACGCCACGCCUCGACGGAAAUCUCAGCUGGACUUCCCUUCGCUGCCCAGCCAGAGGACACUGGUGGGUAAAGGUCACUUCUUGCUUUACCCCAUUACCCAUCAGCCCUUGGGUUUUAUAGUGCCCCAGACAGCCCUGAAGGCCACACCAUGUCAGGACAACAUUAACAGGCUGAGCCUGGGACAGAGGUGUGUGCCAAGUGAAGGGAGUCCUGCUCCCUCUGACCUCUCCAGCUUUGUCACUAAGCCUCUAAACUCGGAUCAUAUGGAGCAUAACACGCAGCAUCACCACAAUCACAUUAGCAAUAGAGCGGAUGGAACAGACAUGGAGGAGUGUGGUGGUGACUGCAGUGACGGAAGAUUCCCUGUCUCUCCUCCACCAAACAGUGUGGCUCAGACGGCUCUGGCCAGGCUGAGCUCCACACAGUCCAGUGACAGUAGCGAGGAGAGGAGUCUCAAAGUUCAAACGGAGGCAGCGACCAAUGGCUGCCAAGCUGCCGAGCUGUGUGCAAAAGAGAAGGGUGCAAGAGAGGAGCGAGCAUCUCCAGACCUCUCCGAGUGUCUCAAGGCAAACACAGACUGUCAAGAAACACCCGGAACAGAUGGAGAGGAUGUCGAUAUGGACUAACACUUGCAAGGAGCAAACAUAAACAAAGGACCAGGAACACCGCUCAGACUAUUCAAACAUUCCCAAAGCUCUGCUGAGACACUCUAAAACAUAUCAGGAAUCAGGAGACUUAAUUCUCAUCUAUUUUUUAAUCAUAAUGUGUGAUCAAUCCAGAUGGCCCCCAGAAGCUGUGGCUGUCCUCGUAUUCAGGCUUUAGGCCCAAACACCUUUAGAAGCAGGUUCUUUUUUCUCUUUUUUGGUGACCAACUUGUAAGAAAAACUAGGCUACAAUAAACAUCUUACACACAACAAAAAUCCUCAGAUAUUGUAAAAAAAAAAAACAACAAAAAACGAGAAAAUGAUAUUUAUAUGUAAACAUUUUGAUAAAUAAAGUUAUUGUUUAAAUUGAA